AUGGCGCGUGCGGCGGCGGCAGCCGCAGCUCCCCGUCCCCGCGCCCCACUCGCCGUCACGAUCAGCCGCUACGAGAAGAUAGAGGCGAUCGGCGCGGGCGCCUUCGGCGUCGUGUACCGUGCGCACGACCGCCGCACCGGCGAGAUCGUGGCGAUGAAGUGCCUGAACGCCCACGACUUCGACGCCCCCCGCCUCGACUCCAUCUUCGCCGACGAGGUCAGCGCGCUCGAGGCGUGCCGCGGCCUCCCGUGCGUCGUGCAGCUGCGCGACUCGUGCCGCCGCGACUCGACCACCAGCGAGGCCUUCAUCGUCAUGGAGCUGGUGGGGCCGUCGCUCAAGGACGCCAUGAGGACGGGCCGGGGCGGCGUGAGGCGGCACGCGGAGGGCGAGGUGCGCCGGAUCGCAAGACAGCUCCUCGCUGGCGCCGGGGCCAUGCACGGCGUCGGGCUCAUGCACCGGGACAUCAAGCCGGACAACAUCCUCGUGGGCGCCGGCGGCAGCCUCAAGAUCUGCGACCUCGGGAAGGCGCGCGCCGUCGCCGACGACCCGCCGUACUCGAACCCCGUCGUGGCGCGGAGCUACCGCGCGCCGGAGCUCCUGCUCGGGAGCGCCGACUACGACGCGGGCGUCGACACGUGGGCGAUCGGCUGCAUCAUGGCCGAGCUCCUUGCCGGCGGCCUCCUCUUCUACGGGGACUCGAUCAAGGAGCACCUCAGCGAGGUGCUCAACGUUCUUGGCACGAACGACAUCAAGGAGUGGAGCCAUUGCCCCGAGCGCCUGCCGAGCGGCUGCGGGCCAACAAGCUUCCUGCGUGACCUGUUCCCCAGCAGUUACGAGUUGGCCAUGGCCACCGGCCGGCCGUCGCUGUCGGAGGCAGGGUUCGAGGUCCUGAGCGGGCUCCUGAGGUGCAACCCGGAAAAGCGGAUGACGGCUGCAUGCGCGCUCAAGCAGCGGUGGUUCGAUCAAGCUUGA